UAGCAAAACAACAGAAGUGGCCAGGCAGACUUCUACGUUAUGGCCUGGCUGCUGGGCUACGUGAACCCCUUGGAUCCCAGCUUUGUGGCUGCAGUCCUAGCCAUCGCCUUCAACCCGCUCUUCUGGAAUGUGGUCGCAAGAUGGGAACAGAAGACCCACAGACUGAGCAAGGCCUUCGGGUCACCCUACCUGGCCUGCUAUGCGCUGGGCGGCGCCAUCCUGCUCCUGAACCUGGUCCGCUCACACUACUUCACACAGGCCAUGCUGAGCCAGCCCACGAUGGAGAGCCUGGAUAAUGUCGGAGCCUACUGCGUGGGCCUCGCCCUCCUGGGAGCGGGUGCCCUGUUUGUACUCUCCAGCUUCUCUGCACUGGGUUUCACUGGAACAUUCCUAGGUGAUUAUUUUGGGAUCCUCAAGGAAGCCAGAGUGACCACGUUCCCGUUCAGUGUCCUGGACAACCCCAUGUACUGGGGCAGCACUGCCAACUACCUAGGCUGGGCCAUCAUGCACGCCAGCCCUGCCGGCCUCCUGCUGUCCGCCAUCGUGGCCCUGGUCUAUGUGAUUGCGGUCUGCUAUGAGGAGCCCUUCACAGCAGAGAUCUACCGGCAGAAAGCCGCCAAGUCCCACAAGCAGAGUUGACCGGCCGGCUGGUGGGCCUGGGAGGAAGGCAGCAGUUGUGCUGGGGUCGAGCCCUCUGCCCGCCCUGCCCAGCCCACUCCGAGGGGCACAGCCUCCACUGCUCAGGCUCACACCUCAUGGCUUCUCCAGUGCCUUGGAAACGGCUGUCGUGGGGGCUGGCUGUUACGCUUCCUCUGAGUCUCCACUGUCCCUGCACCCAGAUUCCCCAAUAAAGGCCUCUGUCUCA